AUGAUGCUCAAAUUGUUGGCCGUAUUCCUCGCCUUGUCUACAGCUUCCCAAGCUGCUACAAUUACUGCCUCUCCUGCCCCGGCAGCGACUGUCUCCCCUACAAGAGACGCAGCCGCACCCGAGAGAUUCCCCUAUGCGGUCAAUGCCCCCCGUUCUACAGUCCUUCCAUACUGUGUUGGUUUCAAUAUCACUUAUCCAGCCGUAGCUGGUGAAGUCUACAAGCGUGGAGAACUUCAGACUAUUGAAUGGACCGUUGAUAGAUCUAUUCCCAACCCUCCAGAUCUCAUUACUCGUAUUCGUAUCUUUGACAAGGACUUUCAUAAUGAACAAGUUCUUGGUGAAAACAUCACCAUUUACACUCAUAAGACUGGUGGCUCCCUUACUUACUUUGUUGAUGCCAAUGAUAUCGAGACCGAGUACCAUUACAGAAUUAUGGUGAAUUAUCCCGGCCAAUCUGUUCACUGCAUCUUUAUGUCUAAACCAUUCACCAUCACUCCUUACCCAUACAUUCGCUAUCUUGCAAAUGACACUCCUGCACCAGCAUUUGCGGUUCCCCAAGCCCAAUAA